AUGGCGACAAGCGCCUCCAGCACUGAAGAGCGAGCGAAUAUGAGCCACGAUCUAGUGGAAAGCGCGUCCAGCGACACGGUGGCUGUUAAAGACUCCAUGACCCCGGGCUCACAGAGGGACGACCCUGAAGCAAAAAUCGAUCAGCCAGCUUUUGUCGGUCUACCUCAGAAUCGAUUUCACGAGGCAGCCUUCAUUUUGGUUGUUUGCUGCGCCCAACUUAUGACCCAGGCUGGCCUGUCACUCUCGAUUGCACCUCUCCAAAUUAUCAGUGACAGCUUCAACACCACGCCUAAAGACCUGUCGUGGGCAUCUGCUGGGUAUAGCUUGACUGUUGGAACUUUCAUUUUCGUUUCUGGCAGACUUGGUGAUGAGGAUUCUCUGUAUGGACCAAUCCGAGAUUUUUCAACUGCUGUCGUGCAUUUCAAGGCAUUGGGCCAGCCCUACUGCUACCGAACGCCGUUGCAAUCUUUGGAAGGUCAUACCCCCCCUGGGCGCCGGAAGGAAAUGGUGUUUUGUCUUUUCGGUGCCGUUGCCCCGGGUGGAUUUACCCUCGGCGCGGCAUUCUCGUCGCUGCUCGCGGAGCGAGUUUGGUGGCCAUGGGGUUACUGGAUAUUCGGGAUCGCCUGUUUCAUAUUUGCAGUCCUUGGGUACUUUUCAAUACCCUAUGUGCCGCAGCAGAAGCCUUGUGAAGAUCUUUCGAUAUUUGAGCGGCUUGACACAUAUGGUGCUAUUACAGGUGUGUCGGGCCUCAUCCUGAUCAAUUUUGCUUGGAACCAAGCCUCGCUAGUUGGCUGGGGAGUCCCAUACACCUAUGUGAUGUUAAUUGUUGGUGUUUUGAUCAUGGCCCUGUUUCUCUUCCUUGAAAGUAAGGCUGCGUAUCCACUUCUACCUCGAUCGGUACUUGUGGGCGAGGCUGGCUGGGUCCUGGGAUGCAUUGCUGCCGGAUGGUCAAGCUUUGGUGUUGUGGUAUUCUAUUACUAUAAUAUCCUUGAGGUGUUGGAGGGAAAUAGUGGUUUGCUUGUGACUGCUAAAUGGGCCGGCGCCUCUCUAUCGGGGGCGUGUGCUGCUGUGAUCACGGGUCUCUUGCUUGGACGUAUUUCAGCAAGCAUAAUCAUAUUCGUUGCGAUGCUAGCCUUUUCCGCAGGUCAAGCAUUGCUGGCGUCAAUGCCGAUCGGCCAGGUAUAUUGGGCAAAUGCCUUUGUGAUUAUGCUGAUCACGCCAUGGGGAAUGGACAUGUCUUUUCCAUCUGGAAUUGUCAUCCUGAGCAAUGCGAUGCCGCAACAAGACCAGGGUGUUGCGGGGUCGCUUGUGAAUACAGUGGUCAAUUACUCGAUUUCGAUGGGACUGGGGUUUGCAGGCGUAGUUGAAUAUUAUGUUGGCAAUGAUGGAGAAAAUGUUCUUGUGGGUUACCGAGCCGCCUCAUACACGGGUGUUGGCCUGGCUGGUCUCGGUACAAUCAUCGCCACCUGUUUCAUGCUAGUGACUUGGCGAGACUCCAGGAAAGCUUCAUCCUAG